AUCCCUUGUACUUUAAUAUCGUAUGAUGGCACAGCACUGCCACACCCAGUUUCCUGUCCCACCCGCAACUAUUUCCUUCUCCCACUCGACUCCACCCUGUCGUCCACUUGUCCCGGUAACUGCAAAUACGAGCAAGCUCUCCACAUGACCCCAGCUGCCUCCAUGACAUUUUCAUUCAAAUCUGAUGAAUUUUCGUUCGAAUUUAACCACUCCUCUUGUGCUGCAAUCAUCUCACUCGUCCGAGAAACUAUUAUGCCAUGCUACUCAACAGCGGCACCGAUGAGUCUCUGCAGCUUCUCUGUACACCAUAUUUCUACUAUUUUUGGCACAUGGCCACUUUUAUUUGUCACGAUUCCUUGGAAAAUUUCGAUUGCAAUGACAACCACAAAUGACUCAUCCAUUGUGGUCAUGUGGGAGGAUGUCUACAAACAUAGGUGCACCGUCGAGAUAACGGUACCACGAACACAACAGCCAGUCCGAUGGCUUGCGCACAGUUCACCGCAGUCCCAAUAUUUCCCGAACGAUCAUGUUCGUCGGGCGCGUGCAUUCAAAUCCACGAUUUUUCAUACGAACCUGGAUGAAGCAUGGGCAAGAUAUUUUGCGAAAGGUGUAAACGGAAGUGUUGUGGUGAUGUUCUGCGUGUUUCGAAUAAAUACUUCCACAAGGGGUGUUUUAGUUGCUCUAGUGAGUAUACAUUACCAUAUUUAUUCUUCCGCAGAAUGCAAAAGCAGUCUCGAAACCGGUGGAUUCUACAUGAAGGAUGACGAAUUUUAUUGCCAAAAGGAUUAUCAUCGUUAUUUUGUUGCCAAGUGUAAGGCUUGUGCGAAGGAUCUCAUUGGGGAACUAGUUACCGUCCUGGACUUUUCAUUUCAUCGAGAGUGUUUCAAAUGCACAAGUUGUUCCAUCACUUUUCAUCCCGGAGAUCGUGUGACGGUGUGGCAGGAACGGUUUUUCUGUCCGCGCUGUGUUGGGCAACAGGGAGCACCAGUUCCUCCGAUCACACCAACCAAACACAAAACAAACGGUACUCCGUUGUCUCCAUUGUCCGUGACUGACGACGAGGGGUGCUGUGUCAGUGCUGCAGAUGCCAGUCUUGCGGAAUUCCCGUCACCACAAGACAGUGGACUAUCUCCGUGUGUUACUGGGAAUCACCUAGGAGAUUCGAAAAAUGUUGGCGAGUUUCGCUUGCCCUCGUCCGAAGCCAAAUGCAUAACUUCCACGGGGAACCCUCAAAAGUCAAAGUCGAUUUUGCGCAAGUCUGGGACAGAUAAACUACGCGUUCAUGAAUCUUCGAGAGAUCACGGUGGUUUGAGCACUGAUUCCGGACUCGGAGGACGUGUGUUUGGUUCCAAGACUCCCGAGGCACAGGUGAAUGGCUCCUAUUCACAGGAACCGGCCAACGGUGUCAACUACACUGCUACUCCACCUGUGCUAUCCUCAACCACGUUGUCCUUGAAUAAUUCUCGGCAAAGUCUACUUGGCCGUGUUCCGAAUUCCGACUACGGACGUUACCUCAAUCAGUCGUACAUACACCUGAAUGGAGGAGCAGUUUCUCCCAGUGUUGACAAGUACAAGCGUAAUCUGUCAUCCACCAUUCUGAACAGCUCCGGCAGACCGAAACACUUUCACCUCCCAGAAUCGAAAAGCCGAUUUCUCCCUCCAGGAACCCGAACCUACUCCUUACUGUUCGGUCAACCCACUAAGACUCAAACAGCUUCACACGUUGGAGCGCUUCGGACCCAAAUACCACCGCCUGCAAUACGAUCGGAAGCUCCGAAAAUGGCCAGCUCUGCCGUGGAGCUCAGGCGACAGCCACCGAGCGAGCAUACACUUCCAAAUGGCCAUGAUAAUCACAGUCGUAUGAACGGAACGCAGGAAAAUUUGGAGGAGGAAAUGACUGUCGAAGCUCGGCGUUUAGCUUGCUUUCCGUCGGGCCACAAGCCGGAUCCCAACGUUCCCCCACCAAUAGAACGGUAUGAUUGGCCUGGCCCACCAGCUUCUGCGGUCAUUCUGGCAGAGAUGAUGCGUGAACGCAGAUGCAAACGGCGUGAACAAUCUCGAGUUAACGGCACUUUGGGUGACGAAGGAGAUGACUAUGAGAGCCAGGAAGCCUUGAGCAUUGACUAUUCCUAUGAUGGCGGCACCAACGUUACCGACGCAGCUUCUGCCCAUCAAACCUCCGGAAUUGGCCAGGCGAUUCUACGGGAACAGGCCGACGGGCAAAAACGUCGCAGCCGAUCGCAUCAGCUCCUUGAUCCGAUUUCCGCAUCGCGGUCACCGAAUGCUGCUGUCGAGCCCUUGUAUAAACCGCGAUAUUCAACCCACCAGUUUGCUUCAACAUCUUCUGGUCAUCCAAUCAAACCUGGCUACACUGGUGGUCGUUUGUCAGAAGACCAGAAAACCGCAAGUCUUCCCACUUCAUCGCUGGUACUUCUCAAUUCUCAGCGGCUGAAUUCGACGGAUAGCGGUUGGCAGUUGCGCACAAUCAACGGCCACGAUCAGUCAUCACAGCAACCCACCCGGCGUAUUCUGUCACCCACUUCCAGGCCAUACUAUCACAGUGUGCAUACCUUACACACAAAUCAUCAGGCAUCUGGCACGGAGACCGUGAGUUCCCUGGUACCUCCCUUUACUUCACGCGUCGCACGAAACCGGUGUGCGGAUUCUGCAGGUGAUUUGCUCGAUUCCACAACCAAUCAGCUGAGCUAUCCACAUGUGCGUUAUCCACCUCCUCCAAGCGCAGCUUUUCACAAACCCGACACUCCCCCACCAAAGGUAAUCCCGUAUAAUCAACUACGAACUUACCGAGACACAAAGGUGCCUAGAGGAAUUGACAGGACGUCCCUUGAGAUGUAUCUUUCGGAGGAGGAAUUUCAAAACAUCUUUCGACUUUCACGGUCCGCCUUCUAUCGUCUUCCGGAGUGGAAGCGCAAUGAUCUCAAACGACGUGUCGAAUUGUUCUAGUUCCAGCCGAAGGAUACGACCGUACGGAUUGUUCGACCUUCCAGUUUCCGAGCAAAAAUGCCGCUGAUUUUCCGCAGCCGUAUGUAUUUUGUCUCCUUGUGACAGUCCUCCGUGAAACACACAGAAAGGAACCCAGCCAGGUGUGUACACUCCGUUCAUUCUACCAUCAUGUGUGACACGAGGAGGAAUAGUCUAGCUGACUGCAGUGCUUUCAGUGGCUUUUUGUCUUCAGUUCCUUGAUUUCGUUCUCCACACUUUCGUGAUUUUCCCAUUCGGCAAUGCACACAGAAACACAUCUUAUUGGAAGCAAACAUUUUAGAAGCAGCCAGCCACAUCCGUCGAUUCGCAUUCGCCCUUAAAGUGCUAUCCUAAGGACGAUUUGUAUAUACUCCACACAGCUUUCACACAAACAACUGACUUCACUUAUUUCGGGUUUUCGGUCAAGCAGUAUUCCUUCAUUUCUGUGUAGGCUCGCACACCCCGUCGAUCAGUUCCAUAUAUUAUCACAAGCAAAUUCACCUUGUCCCAUGCCCAUCCCGAUUUCAAUAGCACCCCUAGAUCUGACUAAAAUUAUCCUUACAAGCUUCGGUAGUUUUGACUCAGUACGCUGUUCACCGUGUUUUGUUUGCUGUCAGAGAGAUGUUGAGCUAUCACGCCGCUAUCCUUUAUGUCAGGUGUUUACAUCCUAGAUGUUCAAGAUGUAUUGUACUCACACUGUUAUCAUGGAUCGGUCGAUGGAACAAAGUCAUUACGUCCCUCGGAUUGCUCUGCACAACCACCACACCCCUCAUAGAAUGUUUGCCGUCCCUCUGUACCCUUAUCGUCGUGCAGCCUUUGUCACCAUAGGCGCACCACUUCUCGGGAGCUUUCUCUCUCUCUCUUAUUCUGUUGGUCCAUAUCCCCUAGCUCCACUCUGUUGAAGCGCAAUAAUGGUUACGAUUCAUUGGUUUUUGUACACCUGUUUACUUUGAGUCAUUCGAACGAUUCAAUAUAUUGUUUCAAAUUAGUUUGUAAAACCCGCCAUUCUCACCUAAAGCAUACUCCUUGGC